CUUGCUGUUUUUUUUUCUUUUCAAUGGCGGCUCCGUAGCGAAAACGCUAAACGUGGUUGAUAGUGCUAACUGCUAACGUCAUUCCCUGCAAAUUAUGGGCAACGCAAGGAAAUCAAGAAAGAGGAAGAACGGUUACAACUACAGCGUAAACCACAGGAGGAAGUUGAAGAAGAAGCUUAAACGGAGAGUCAAGAUAAAAAGUAAGCCUGUGAAGGAAGCAUGGGAUGAAACCAAAGGUGUUUAUGAAAACAUGAAAGACAUGGGUUUGUCGUCGAAUCCGAACGAAAUGGACGUGUCGGAAGAUGUUGAGGCCACAAAGAAACAUGUGGUUGAAGCUCUUGAAGCUGAGGCGUCGCAACCGACAAGAAAAACAUUACGGAUGUCUGGAGACAACGUCAAGUUCUGCGUGUAUAUGUUAGAGAAAUACGGUGAAGACUACAAGGCUAUGGCGAAAGAUAGCAAGAACUACUACCAGCAUACUCCUGCACAAAUUCGCCAGAAGAUAAAAACGUUGCAAAAAAUACCAGAACAGUGGAAUGCAUAUCUUAAAGCCAAACAAAUGUGUGGGGAGCCAUGAUAUGUGAUGCUAUUACACUUCAGUGUAACGUGCACGAAGAACACCUUCUGCGUUACAAGGCAGAAAAGCUUUGUAUAAAGUCAUGAAAUAUAGAUACACAGGUCUCUGAA